AGAGUUUUGCAUUUUGGUGGUGUUGUGCGCUUUUGCUCGUCGCUUCGUCUUCGAAGUAUCAGCGAAAUUCUACGAAUGACAACAAUAAAGAUAACAAUUCGACUAUGCGAUUCGACGAGAUUGAUGCAAACGCUAUAAAAAACUAUGACGACGAGAUGAAAACAGUGCGAGACGAUUUGCACAAAAAUUUUAUCAAAGAUGUCCAAUAUAAUGAUAUACAGUAUGAGUACCAUAUUAAAAAUAACAAUCAGAGAGAUAAUGACUCUGUGCAAUAUAAACACGUAACGGAUUCCAUAAAAAAUCAUGUGAAUGAUAAUCAAAUGUUAGUAGAGCUUCGCACAAACUCAACAAAUGUCAACCGCAAGAAAGACUCUAUGUCACAGGAAAUCUAUAGAAACUUGACAAUGGAAAGGCAAAAUGAUUCCAUAUUAUAUGGAUUCCACAAAUUUUCCGAUGGAGAUAAAUAUAACAUUGUUCCAUAUAAGAUAUGUGACAAUAUUACUUGCAUUCGGCUCUGUUGUCCUCUCGGCGAUCGCCUGAUUGAUGAUAAAUGCAUUAGUGGAGAAAAUAAAUACUAUUUCCCGAACGUGUACAUACACAUGAACGAUUCAUGGCAGAGCGGAAAUAAAAAAUUGGACGAACUUUUUCAGCUGAUCGUUCACGAUCCGUGCGAGGAGACUAAACGCUUUCUGUUUGAUUCGGAUAACAAUAGCACCAGAUAUAUAUUUUUUGCUAACGGUUCUUUAUAUCUUCCUUAUUACGAUACAUUCGUCGAAUCAACAUCCUAUUGCCUGGCCGUUGUGAAUCGGGAUAAGUUUGUUAUGACUAUCUGCUUGGAGACUUACAACAAACUCAUCAAUAAGAAAAUAAAUGAAUCUAUGAACAAUAUUAUAGAUGACGAUAUUCUAGAUGAUGUCAUAUUUAUUUGUUUGCGUAUAAUAUCUAUGUUAUUUUUGCUGACGACAUUUCUAGUGUACUCCAUACUGCCAGAAGUUCGUAACAUACAUGCUUUUAUGCUGCGCAGAUACAGCGGUUUAAUGUUUGUUACAUACAUGAUCGACAUUACGGAUAAUAAUAGUUUAAUCAACACGAUGGCUCUGGGAUAUCCCAUCUGUAUUACAAUCGCCCUUAUCAAAUAUUUCUGCUAUUUGGCGAGUUUCUUCUGGUUAAAUGUCAUGAGUUUUGAUAUGUGGUGGACAUUCAGAGGAUUCCGUUCAUUACAAAGCAAUAUAAAUCAACAAGAGAGAAAAAAGUUGAUCAUGUAUUCAGCCUACGCGUGGGGAGGCCCCUUAAUUCUCACUAUUAUCUGUAUUAUCAUGGAAUUCGUUCCCAGCGUACCAAAAAAUCUUCGACCGCAAAUUGGUCUCGUUAGAUGUUGGUUUUAUGAUGAUGUGCCGCUUGCGUUAUACCUUUACCUACCUGCGAUUAUCUGUUCUACUGGUAGUAUUUGUUUAUCCAUCUCUACGGCAUUGAGAAUCGCGAGCUACGAAAGGGACGCAGCUCGUCAUCUGAGAAAUUCAGAGAAUCGAUGUUAUAAUAACAAUAAGAAAUGGUUCAAUAUGUAUUUGAAACUAUUUAUUAUGCUGUUUAUAAUAAUAGCCAUAGAUUGGAUCAUAUCAACAGCGUGGGAUUUUUGGUUGUACGAUAUUUUGCCGGUAAAUGCCUUGCUUACUAUCUACUUGAUAGAAACCAUGCAGGAUAUCGGUUUCUUCAUCAUAUUCGUGUGCAGGAAGACUAUCAAGCGACUGCUAUUAAAGCGAUUCAGUUGCCAAACAUGCAAUCUGUUUCGAGAAACUGAAUCCGUAAUGAAUGCAUCUUCGAACACCGACACUACCACGUCAGGAGAAAUGCUCAUGCAGAAAAUAAAUUCUUGCGGGCAAACCAUCGAGUAGAAAAUAACAGGAGAGAGCAUUUGGUGUUAAGCGGACGGAAGUGACUAUAUAUAAGUGAACGCUCAAGAUGGCCACUCAGGGACGAAUUGCAGCAUGACGGAGAUACUGAAAGUACCUCAAAGGCCUAAUAAUGCACCAUGAUGCUUUGAUGAUCUUAUAAUUAACACUUAUUAAUAAUAUUUUUUUUAGUCUAAUAUUGGCUCUUUCUUUCACUUAUUUAGAAUUAUAUAAUCGCUUCCCAUCUAAAAACUAUUAUAAUCUCGCUAUUUUUAGGAUUAUUAGGAUUUUCAUCAUGAAAUGUUCUAAGGAAUCUGCCAUUAAGAGGAAAUACGGUAGUUUUAGGAUAUCCUGUAUAAUGUGAAUUCAAGCUUUCGAUUGCGACCAGUUUGUUGAAUAAAAUUAAUGCAGUCAAUCCUGAGAAAUGAUAAUUGUAUACCAGAAUUGUGACAUUUUUGGUUUUCAGAUGUACGUAUGCUCGCAUGCACACACGCAAAACGAUUUUAUACCUCAAGCGGUGUUCACAUCGCUCAUGUACGAUUAUUCGCUUGAUGUGCAAAACGCUUUAAGGGACAAAAUCAUAUAUGAAUGUAUGUACAUACGUGUGAGAUAAUAACGUUUAUAUUUUAUAGUAAACUGACACAUAUGCA